AUGGGUCUAGUUGAAUGGUGUAUAAGGCUUAGCUACUUGUAUGCCCGACUCACUGGAGUCCUCAAUUUCAAGAUUGAUGGAAGAACUGGGCGUCCAUAUAUCACAACUGGAGUGACCAUUUAUGCAGCUGUCAUCAAUUUGUUCACCUGUUCCAUAGUUCCCCUACAAACUAUUCGAGGACAAUUUAGUGACAUGUGGAAAACUUCGAAUUCGCUGCACGAAUAUAUCUUUGUGUCAAUGGCUCUAGUACGGGUCGUUGGUGUCUUCGCCUCGCUGUGGUCCCGUUGGUAUCAGCGUCGUCGAUUGAUGCACUUAGUCAAUGGUUUUCGACGUCUGAUGAUGAAAAAACCCCAUGUCAAACGUUUGUUUCGACGUGCGUCUAAAACAAUGGGUCUAGUUGAAUGGUGUAUAAAGAUUAGCUACUUGUAUGCUCGUCUCACUGGAGUCCUCAAUUUUAAGAUUGAUGGAAGAACUGGGCGUCCAUAUAUCACAACUGGAGUGACCAUUUAUGCAGCUAUCAUCAAUACUUUAACCUGUGGCAUUCUUCCCAUACUAUUGAUUCGAGGGCAACUUAGUGUCAUGUGGAACCGCUCAAAAUCGCUGCAUGAAUAUAUUUUUGUAUUGAUGGCUGGAAUACGAGUUAUAGGAGUCUUCGCCUCGCUGUGGUCCCGUUGGUAUCAGCGUCGUCGAUUGAUGCACUUGGUCAAUGGUUUUCGACUUCUGAUGAUGAAAAGACGUCAUGUGAAACUUUCACAAUUCUAUUUUGCCAUGCUCAAUGUUUAUAGUCAUUUAACACUCCUGAACUGCGAGAUGAAGCAAAUUCUGGCUGAAACACAUCAAUUAACCAAAGAGAAACACCGUGUUGGAGUCUUUGUGACGAAAUGUUGCUCCCUAGCUGAUCGUGUGGAUGAGAUAGAUCAAACACAAUCCGAUCUAAUGAAGCUUUCUAAGCAAAUGCUAAAAAUAUUUCAAGUGCAAAGUUUCUGUGGUUCUUUUAUAUAUUACCUCACAUUUGUGGCCAGUAUUUACUUAAGCUACAGCGCCCAUAAGUAUACUUUCGCUGGCAUGGGUUGGUCUACUUCGGGAAUGAUUUUAAUAUUGAGCAGUAUUACUGUCUACUAUACGAAUACUUAUCUGACUGUCUCAAUGACUUUCUGUGCCCUAGAUGCCUUUGCAGAAAUGGUAAAACUAAUGGAACAACGUACUGUACUCCCACGUAGUCUGGAUAUACGUUUAGAAGAAUCUUUUGAAAAUUUCCAAUUGCAAUUAGUGCGAAAUCCCCUCAAGUUCACUGUAAUGGGUCUAUUUACAUUAGAGCGUGGUAAUAGCAUAGCCAUGGGACAUUCUGUCAUAAGCCAUUCAUUAAUUCUUAUACAAUACGAAAUAGAAAACUAUUAA